GACCCUUUCGGUCCGACGAGGCUAGCUAGCCGUAGCCAACAAUUUGAGGCUCUCUGGAUUUGUGUCAGCUUUGCCUCUAGCACCGCUUCUCCCUCCGGUCUUGGAGCUGUAAACAUGCUCUCCUACGCUUUCAAGCAGCUCACACGGCCCUUGUGCCAGCGGGCCUCCACUCGCCUCAGUGUACGAUUCCAGCAGUCCCAUGCAGCCACCCGUACCGCCGUCGAAGAUGGCUCCUGGACCGGACAAGAGAGUCUGGCUGAGGACGACCCAGAAAUGUGGGCUCUGCUGCAGAGGGAGAAGGACAGACAGUGUCGUGGUUUGGAGCUCAUUGCAUCAGAGAAUUUCUGCAGCCGAGCAGCUCUGGAGGCUCAGGGCUCAUGUCUGAACAACAAAUAUUCUGAAGGCUACCCAGGGAGAAGGUACUAUGGUGGAGCAGAGGUGGUUGACCAAAUCGAGCUUCUGUGUCAGAAGCGAGCUUUGGAGACCUUUGACUUGGACCCGGAAAAGUGGGGCGUUAACGUCCAGCCGUACUCAGGAUCUCCUGCUAACUUUGCUGUCUAUACGGCUGUUCUUAAACCCCAUGACCGCAUCAUGGGCUUGGACCUGCCCGAUGGAGGACAUCUUACGCACGGCUACAUGUCAGAUGUGAAGAGGAUCUCUGCAACCUCAAUAUACUUUGAGUCCAUGCCUUACAAGUUAAAUCCUGCUUCGGGACUCAUAGACUACGAGCAGAUGGAGAUGACAGCCAAGCUGUUCCGGCCCAGGCUCAUCAUCGCUGGCACCAGCGCCUACGCUCGCCUCAUUGACUAUGCCCGCAUCAAGAAGGUAUGUACAGACAUUAACGCCUACAUGCUCGCUGACAUGGCUCAUAUCAGUGGCCUGGUGGCGGGAAAGGGAGUCCCCUCUCCCUUUGAUCACGCUGACCUGGUCACUUCUACCACACACAAGUCCCUCAGAGGAUCCAGAGCUGGCCUUAUCUUCUAUCGUAAGGGCAUCCGCUCAGUGGACAAGAAAGGAAGGGAGAUCAUGUACGACCUGGAAGAUAAAGUAAACUUUGCAGUGUUCCCGUCCCUGCAGGGUGGACCUCACAACCACGCUAUUGCUGGAGUAGCAGUGGCUCUCAAACAGGCUCAGUCUCCUAUGUUUAGGGAGUAUAUUACCCAAGUACUGAAGAAUGCAAAGGCCAUGGCUGGAGCUCUUCUCAGCAAAGGCUACACACUGGUAUCAGGAGGAACAGACAACCACCUGGUUCUGGUGGACUUGCGCCCAAAGGGCAUCGAUGGAGCUCGCGCUGAAAGAGUACUGGAGCUUGUUUCGAUCACAGCCAAUAAGAACACAUGCCCAGGAGACAAGAGUGCCCUGACCCCCGGAGGCCUAAGGCUAGGAGCUCCAGCUCUGACUUCCAGACAGUUUAAAGAAGACGACUUUGUGCAGGUUGUGGAGUUUAUGGAUGAGGGAUUCAAGAUCGCUUUGGAUGUCAAGAAAAAGACAGCAAAGCUCCAGGACUUCAAGAACUUCCUCCUCCAGGACCCGGAGACGGUGGCUCGUAUUGCGGAUCUGCGGCACCGGGUGGAGGCAUUUGCCAGGCCGUUCCCCAUGCCUGGCUUCUGCGACCAUUAGGCGAAGUCACAGGUCUGGAACAGCCAGGUGGCAGACAGCUGGCUGGGCAGAAGUGUGCAUGGAGAAAAUGGAAAAAUGUCAUGGUAGUGAAAUGUGGAUGGUGCCUGAGAAUUAGGAUGACUUUAGUUCACUUUUUUAUUUUAUUUUUGCAAUCAGACCUGCUGAGACACAUUUUUUUUUCUUAAUACUUCUGUCCUGUCAUUCAUUGAUCUAUUCUUGAAAAUCCAGCCUUCAGUUUGAAGGAAACAAACGGGGGGAAAAAUAAACAUGACAGAUUUUUGUAUCGCUGGAGAAGCCACUGUCUGUGGUGUGUGAAAAGAUUAUUCUCAGCUGUCUUCACACCGUUUAUUUAAUGCAAGCGUCAAGAGAACAACAACUUGUCAAAUCAGAUUUUUUUCAGACUCACUUUUAUGAUUAGUAACAUCAGGAUACACUCCGUCUUAAAUUUUCUUUUUAAGUUCUUAGCCAUGCUAUAUAUAUAUAUUUAUAUAUAUAAUAUGUUAUUUUAAAACCAAGGACAGAGGGCCAAAUCAAUAUUCUGUUAAAGUCUUAAUUUCUCUCUAAAGGAUUUCAGAAUAUAUAUUUUUUAAAUGCAUUUUACAAAAUUUUAGGCUCUCUUUUGUUUUGUGAACCAACUUACAGAAGCUACACAAAACCAUAUAUUUUAACACGAUAUAGUUAUUUAAAACAACACUACAGGUUUUAUUUAGGGUUUUACUCGCUGGAAUUUUGAUUUAUUGGUUUCUGUUUACCUAACUGGUGACAUCACUUUUCUUCGAGGAUUUUUUUUUUUCAUCCUCUAUUUUGCAGUAAGGACAGUUAUAAAUAUUCAAAAUCAAUAAUAAAAAUGUCAGUUAAUGUUCACAGCUUUUUUUGUUUGUUUACAGAGAUUAUACAUGGCAUUUCUAUUUAUGGUUUUUAGAAGUAAAUAUUACAUGAUCUCCAUCCUGUGACCAUAUGAUGUCAUUUUAAAAAACAUUGCUAAUGAUUUAUAAAUGUCCUUUGCGCUAUUUCCAUUGCUUUGAUGCUUGAAACUGUGAAGAAAUCUGUAUCUAAUGAAAUGUUUCAGUGUUUUAUAGUCUUAAGAGAUUCAGUUUACUGCUGUGGUCAUGGUCACUGCAUCAGUGAGAAAACAAGAUUCCUGUUUGAGAAAUGAGCCUAAAACAGCACAAUGAUGAAAUACGUCUUAGUCCUGAGGUUGCUCUUACUUUACACAAAGCACAACCUUUAAACUAAUGUUUUUCCACGUUAACUUCCUAACCAAGCUUUUGCCAAAAUAUACCAGAAAGUAUUUUUGCUAACAUGUUUAUUCAUCAACUGUUGAUCUGAAAAGCAUCUGAAACAGUUUUUGGUUCUUGUAGAAAUUUGUUUUACAAAAAAUUGUUUUACUCUUUUCUUUUGUUGAAUGACUUUGUUAGCAUAAUACUUAUGAAAUAAACUUACAAAUGUGA